AAUCCAUACAACGCAGAAAAUUUUGUUGAGCAGGAUAUUGUUCAAAACAUAUACAACACAGAAAAGCUCAUUCAACGGGUAGAAAUUGAAAAACUGUACUCGGAUCUAGAUCUUGAAGCUGGAGCAGAAGAUCGAAAAGUGAAAAAUCUAAAUGAUGAGAAAUGUAUCUACAGAGUUCCUGAUGCACUUCGGAAAUCAAAUGAAGCCAUCUAUACUCCUCAAGAAGUUUCUAUAGGCCCUAUUCACCAUUACAAGAAGAAGUUGCAGCCCAUGAAGGCGGAAAAGGGGAGAUAUUUGAGAGAAUUCCGUAGCAGGGUGGUAGGGAAAACAAAGGAGCAACAAAUGAACUUCAUGGUAAAAAUUUGGAACACCAUUAAAGAGGAUGAAGAGAAGAUCCGCCGAUGUUAUGAAGAUGGUGCUCAUGAAGUUGUAGAAAAGAAUCAGUUUGUGGAAAUGGUGUUGUUCGAUGCUGUUUUCAUCUUGGAGUACCUAUUGAGGAAUAAAGAUAUAGAAAAAUAUGAAGAUGAUUCCUUAUUGCGUAGAAAGGGGGCAAGGUUUCGGAUUCGACGAGACUUCCUGUUGCUCGAGAAUCAGUUGCCAUUCUUCAUUCUUGAGAAAUUAUAUUACCAUCUUCUUCAAGACAGCGAAGGAAAUUAUACUUCUUUUCGAGAUCUUGCCUCCGAGUACUUAACUAGGUACAAUGAGAGGACAUACAAGCCGAGCGACAACAAGGAGAUAUUACAUUUCACCGAUUUGGUCAGAUCUUCAUUAUCCGUCAAACAUCCAGAUUCGAGGAUUGACGAGCCGAUUGGAAAAUUUUACAGCGCAACCAAGCUGCAUGAGGCAGCGAUUAAUUUUAAGGAAUUACGAAAUGAAUGCUUGCUUGACGUAAGAUUUUCUUCUACAAAAGGUGAGUUACGUAUGCCACGUCUUCUGAUAGACGUCAACACUGAACAUCUCUUCGGAAACGUCAUUGCCUUGGAGCAGUGUCAUUAUAGAGGAGAAGAGUACAUCUGCCAUUACAUUAAGCUACUCGAUACUCUUGUUGCCAAACCCAAAGAUGUGGAUCUCCUCAUUAAAAAUAAAAUCAUUGACACAGACAGAGAUGGUGCUUCUGUGAAGAAUCUGAUCGACAAGCUUUCGGCUGAAACUUCUGAAGAAUAUUCCAUUUAUUAUAACCUCUACAAGCAGCUGGAUCAACACUACCGGGACUCCUGGUUGAAAAAUAGCGCAUACUUUAGAGAGGUAUAUUUUGGAAAUCUUUGGAGAAGUACUGCAACUGUUAGUGCUGCUGUCUUGCUGCUCUUCACUUUUGUACAAACAAUUUGCGCAGUCGUUGCGUUGCGCUAG